AUGAAAGUUUCUGAAAAUCCCGAUAUGACUAUUAGCAGCUCUGAGUAUUCUUGGAAUGCAGCUAUCGAGGCGUUCGAAUCAGAAUGCGAACCAGACUCUUUAAAUGAUCCUGUAUUUAUCUGUGAAUACGAUCAGGAAUUUAUUGAGUUUGUUGAAAAUUCCGAAAAAAGACACUCGUUUGUCGUGAUCAAUGAUCUAGCUAUUAUUACGCACAACACCAC